GAAUACCACCAAGAUAAACGUUGGAGUGCGGACAAAAAUUUAAAAGAAUUUAAGAAAAUAUUUAAAAUUAUUUCAAAUAAAAAAUUAAAUAUAUAAUCAUAGAUAAAAAUUACAUUUUUUUCUAAUUAAAUUAAAAGAAUUUUAAAAAUAAAUACAAAAUACAUUAAUUUUAAUAAAAAUAAAUGAAAAUCAUUAAAAUAUUAUUCCAAUAAACAUAGAAAAACGCGAUUUCUGGUAACUACUUGACAACGAAUAAUAGAAAAAUUGUCAUAACAAAAUAAAAAUAAAUAAAGUCUCUCAAAAAAUAAACAACAAAUUAAUACAUAAUAUUACUGCAUUGCGAUUUAUGAAUGAAAUUAUUAAUAAUAACAACAAACACCCAUUUAAAAUUAUAACAAAUUGUUUUACAAGCUAAAUCAUAAAAACAAAAUAAACUUUGGCAUUCGUUCAUGUUGUUGCGGCUGUUUCUUCCACUUAAACGCUGAAUUGUCGCUGAAAUUGUGUCUAUUUUUAUGAAAAUAGAUUUUGAAAACAAGAAAUAGAUUUUGAAAAUUUUUUUAUAUUUGUUAAAUAUAUAAAGCAAAAUACAAAACAAACAAAAUUAUGCCACCGAUUAAAUAUACUGCCACUAUUGCACCCAAUACCGUCAACAUUGGUGAUAAAGUACGAAUCAAAGGAAUUUUAAUGGAUGAUGCAAAAGAAUUUUCCAUAAAUUUCGUUAAUGAAUUAUGUCGGAAUCCUGCAUUUAUAACAUACCAUUUCAAAUGGAUUUUAGAUGAAAAUGUUAUUGUUGAAAACUACAAAGAGAAUGGCGAAUGGAUCGAUCAUAAAGAGAAAAUGUUCGAUCAACUCGAUGGUACAAUAUUCGAAUUAGAAUUUGCAUUCCAAGACGGUUACAUUGAUGUUUAUAAAAUCUAUGAGAAUACGCCAAAUCGUAUUACAACAUAUGAUACAGAAUUAAAUAUAAAUGAUAUAAAAUCCUUACAAGUUUGGGGUGAUGUUAAGAAAAUUUCUGAAAUUACCUUUAAAUAUGCGUAGAAAAUUGUUAAUAAACACACACACAUGAAAAAAAUACGUUUUGGAAAUCUAACUUGGAAUGAAAAUCUCUAAAUUCAAAAUGGAUUGAAAAGCUAAAAGAAAAAAGUUAGUAGUUUUAUUUUUAUAUAUAAUUUUCCCGUUAAAGGUUUCAUAUUAGAAUCCUUUGACUUUUUAAACAAAUGCAGUAUUAAUGCUUUAAUUUUGUAUCUCGUUUUAUUUUCUUUUUUUAUAAUACAGUUUGUGAAAACAAAUGUCUUCCUUUCUUCCGUUCACCCUGACACCUCACAAAAACAAAACUAUUCAAAAUAAUGCUUUUUAUUGGCCCUCCCUAAGCAGCAUUUGCACACACAAACAAUUCGUUACUCGUUAGCACCAUUGUUAUGUCCUUAAAUGCCUUGUGUAGGGGUGACAGAAGCGCAAAACUCAGUUUUGUUUUACAAGUUUAAGCUUGGUUUAUAUUAAUGCAAAAGUUAACAUAUUAAUUAUUUACUUUUAUUGUAAGUAGAUAGAUAAUUAAAGUUUCUUUAAUUAUGCCAAAGACUUAAUUAUUAUUUACUUUAAUUAAUUUAAGUUUUCCUUAAAAAAAGCUCACAAUUAUAAUUUUUUACAAACAUUUUAACACAAAUUGUAUUAUUAGUUUUAAAUCUCAUUUCAAAAUGCAAACAAUAAAACCCCCAUUACAACAUCCCCAAACAAGUUUGUGCCUGUUCAAAUUGUUCUGUUAAGUCCUUGAAAGCAUUUCAUCGUUAUGAGAGCACUUUACACUAGUAGUUCCACCUAUCAGUCGCACAUUUUCCACAUCAUUUUUAUACUAAUCCAAGGUUUAAAGUCAUUGAAAUCAUAUUCUUUAAUUUAUUUGCUUUUUUCAAAAUUGUUCGCAUCAACAUUUUUUAUUAAUUAAUACAACUAUUAAUUUUAAUAAUUUAAAAAAGUUUUGUUUAAGUUAAAUUUAUAUUGCUUAUUUAUUCUAAUUCUUAAUUGCCUUUUUUAUUAAAAAAAAAUUUAAUAAAAUGUUUAUUUGUUAACUGUUAUUG